GCGAAGUGUUUUCCAACUUUGAUAGCAAUUGAAGUGCAAUAGAUUAAUUUUUUUUCGAUUUGAACUAUCUUGUUACUUUAAGAGGCUAAAAUAUAUUAUUUAUCAUUUCAUGAUGGUGUGAAAAUAUGGGAAAUAAAUCAUCUGUUCGAAGCAGACAUCUGCUGCAGGCAAGACUGGAAGAAACUUUUGCAAAUUCAAAAUCUGGAUUUCCUUCUAACAAUGUUGCGAUUAAUUGCUGCCGGAUUUUUUUGUCUUGCAUUUUCGGCCUACAGUCUGGCUAGACCGCAAGAUUUUCUCGGUGACUUACCUUUGGAGAAUCCAGAUCUGCUUGGAGGUGAUAUACUUGGACUUAAUGCUGGUCAGGAUAGAAAUGCAAUUGUUGACAAUCGGCAGAUCUGGCCUAAUGGAAUAAUUCCUUAUGAAAAGGAUCCGGGGUUAAAAGCAACUGUAUUUGAUUUUAUUUUGCAAAUGGCUUUUGACGACUACAAGAAGAAAACGUGCAUCACAUUCGUUCCAAGAACAAAUGAAAAGGAUUAUAUUCGAAUUUUUCCUGGGGAAGGGUGCUAUUCUCAUGUGGGAAGAACCGGAAAUCAGCAGCCGGUAUCUUUGGGUCAGGGUUGUGGAUGGUAUGGAACAGUGAUCCAUGAAUUAGGUCAUGUGGUUGGCUUUUUUCAUGAACAGAAUCGUUCGGACAGAGAUGAUUGGCUUACAAUUUUCUGGGAAAACGUGAAAGAAGGAAUGGAAGAUCAGUUUUUCAAGUUGAAACCUGAGGAAAAUCAACUUCUCACUCCAUUUGAUUACGACUCCAUUAUGCUGUACGGGUCUUAUACUUUCUCGAAAGAUAGAAAGAAUUUGAAAACUAUGGUUGGGAGAGAUAACAGACUUUUGUAUGAAGUUGUUAACAAACAAAAUUUAAGCAAGAGUGAUAUAAAAAGAAUAAAUAUGCUGUAUAAUUGUAAUAAGUUAUGAGCAGCAAAAAAUGUACACGUGCUGACCCUUCUCUUUAAAUAAACA